UGUUGUAUUUGUAUGCAUCUCAGGCUCUAUGAAGGGCAUGGGGCUGGGAGCAGGGCUGGUGUCCCCCAACCGGGCGUCUGUGGGUGUGUCCCUGUCACCAGCACGGGUCCCUGAUGUCGACCCCAUCGAUGCGGCCGCCCACCUGCAGUUACUGGGAGAGUCCCUGUCCCUCAUCGGCCACCGAUUACAGGAGACAGAGGGGAUGGUGGCGGUGUCAGGCAGUCUCUCUGUACUGCUGGACUCCAUCUUGUGUGCCCUUGGACCCCUGACCUGCCUCACAGCACAGAUCCCCCAGCUCAACGGAUGUCCCCGCCAAGUCUUGUCCAACACCUUGGACAAUAUUGCCUACAUCAUGCCAGGGCUGUGAAGCCAACAGAAACAUUCCUUUCCCGUCUGAGUGUCCUCGCCAUGAAGUAAAACAUUUGGAGUGAGAGUGCCCAUUAUAGAAGCGUGGCUUGGGAUGCAGACAAUUAUUUAUGCAGCAAGGCAUUGGAAAACGUUGAUAUUAAUACUUUCAACAUGUUUUUAAAAUGUGUUAAUUUCCUUAUUUUUUUACUGAAACCUAUUUUAAUGAACACUCUUUUCUUUCCCUCUGGCAUGUCUGUUAGCGUCUUCAGAUGUAACUGUAUGUUCUUGUGUGAAUGUGUGCGGGCGUGUGUGUUUUCUAUGUGUAUACAGUAUCUCCAGAGGCUAGUUUUUACUCAAAAGGACAAGCCAGGGCCCAAGUCCACCAUUGUUCCUCUUCCAUCAACAUACCAUGAAAAUAAUAUAUUUGACAACUGUUCAUGUUUGUUUUACCAGGUAAUUACAUAAUGACUUGUUCUUUUGUAUAUAUGCUAUUUUACUGAGUUAAGGUUUAGAUUUUGAUUGUAAAAUGACAUUUGUAUACGGUAGAAACAUUUUGAGGCAACUGCAAUCAAACUACUGUGGGUUUUGCAGCUUUUGAAGCACAAAGCUGUAAGCCACAUUUUCAUGAAUACAUUUCUUCCUCUGAGUAUACAGUAUGGAAAUGUUGACAAUAAAAAUGACAGUGUCAACAUG